AUGCGUAUCUAUAACGGGGUCCGCAAGGGCGAUAUCUGGUUCGUGCUCAACGACUUCUCGCUCGUGCUAGCAACGAUAGUGACGAGUCUGGAAAACUUCCUCAAGCUGACACCUGGCACUGAACUUGAUAUGUUGGAUGUGAUGGGUGGAGGCGAAGCUCACGAAAUGGAAAUGGACGGCACGCUGAGCGAGGCGGCCGUCAAUGACAGAGACACGGUAGUGACGACGUCCGCACACAUAGCCAGGCACCAGCAGAUUAGAAGUGAUUCGACUCGUCCUGUGGCCUCAAUGUUGUCGACUACGGAGAAAGUGGGAGUGACGGAGAAUUGGGAUGACGACGUGAGCGAUGGACCUGGAGGAGCCAAAGAAGGCACCGAAGACGCUCCAAACAGUUUAGAUGUUGCCUUGGAGCUUGCCAAGAAAGCAAAGGAGAAAGAGAAAGCUCGCGGAAGGCGAAAGUGGGCGGUUCAAAGCGAGAGUGAAGAGCCUACCAAGUUUGCCAGCAAGGAGCCCUCUUCUGCUGCUGAAAAUGACGGGGAUGAUCGCAUUCUGUUGGUGUUGAAGGCGUUCAAGGUGCUGCAGGAGGAGUUCAACGCGAAGUUCAGGGCCAUGUGGGCAUAG